AUGGAAGCGCAACUCAGAGUUGCGGAGCUGAAGCUGGAGGCCAAGCGCCUGAUGGGCAUAGAGCGGAAGCGUGCUGCGAAGCAGUUUGCCAAGAGCCUCCCGCAAGGACCGAUCAGUCUGGAUUCAGACGAUGAGGCAAACCCUUCAUCUCCUGUGAAGCCUGUUCGGUUGUUUCCCACUUCCAUGGCCAAUCCGGAUGCCUUGGAGACACAGCCCUUUGCGAUGGAGACGCAGUUGGUGCAAGAUGCUUUGGCUGGUCUGGACCAGCCUGUGCCAUCGCCCCCGGCCAAGACCUUUGCUGAACUUAAGACGUUGGUCCUGAGUCCCCCGGACACCAAGUCGCCGGUUGCACCGCCGGUGCCGGCAGCCGAGACGGAGACUCCGAGUCCCAGAGGUGUUGUUGCGGCUGAAAUCACGCCGGUGAAGACGUAUCCCACUCGUGCGGAGCAGCUUGAAGUUAAGAGCACCAAGGAGGACGACCACCAGGCUAAGAAGGCUGCAAAGGCGGCUGAGAAGGCUGGUACAUCGAAGCGUGGGCGAGGCCGUGGCAGAGGCCGCGGCAGAGGCCGCGGCAGAGGGCGUGGGAAUGCGCCAGAUGAGGAUGCCGAUGACAAGGACGACGAGCAAUCGGAGAAGGAGGCUUUGCAGGACGACGACAAUGGGGCCGAGGCUGCUGAGGCUUCCGAGCCCACUGUGCCCAAGAAGAGAGGUGUCCGACCCAGGAAGGAUCAGCAAGAGUGUCCGGACACCGAGACGGUGAAGAGCAAAGGUGGGCGACCCAGGAAGGAUCAGCAAGAGUGUCCGGAGACCGAGACUGUGAAGAGCAAAGGUGGGCGACGCAAGAAGGAUCAGCAAGACUUUGACCCGGAGACCGAGACGGUGAAGAGCAAAGGUGGGCGACGCAAGAAGGAUCAGCAAGAGUGUGCCCCGGAGACCGAAAGGGUGAAGAGCAAUGGUGGGCGACGCAAGAAGGAUCAGCAAGAGUGUGGCCCGGAGACCGAGACGGCGAAGUGCAAAGGCAAGAGGGCCAAAACGGCAGAUGUGGCAGCCCAUGAUGAUGGUCCUACUUCUAGGGUUCGUGGCAAGAGAUCCGUGGUUCAGGCUUCGCAGCCGAAGCCCAAGCGGGCGGCAGUGCAGACCCUCAGUGGCUUUGAGUGGCCCAAUACCUUUGCUCGCCGCUACCGGCCCCAGUCCGACAACUACACCCAGAAGCUCUGGGAGGGAUGUGUUCUUGCAUUCAAGAAUGUGAUCGUGUCCCACCUACUCCCGGGGGCGCAAUCGGCCGCUCAGUCCGACUUCUAUGACUUCGCGAAGCAGUUCAUCCCGAACGAUGAGAAUGAUGAUGCUGCAACGGGCCAGUUGGGGUCCAUGCUUUCUGGCAGUGUGAAUGCGCUACCGGGGAAGGUCCACGACCACGGCGAAGGCUACCGUUUCGAAGCAAAAGAAUUCUGGGCCGAGUCGACAUUAAUAGUGCAGAUUGUCAAGAACUUCUUUCGGCGGACGCAAGCCCAGACCCGCUUGCUCGGUGCAGCUGCUUCAGAGCGCCAGCGGGCAAAGACUGGUAUGGGCUACAGUACUCAUAGCAGGGAGUUUCAGAGGGUCCAAGAUUGUUCGAUGCUUUCGGAGAGUUCAGAAUUCUUCAAAGUAGGUCAGCUUGCCUCUGCUGUUCCUCCCAUGGUGAAGCGCAGCUACGAAGAUGUGGCGAUCAGCUUGAUUCGCCUCGGGUCACCCAAGGUUUUCGUCCUAUGCAUUUUGCUGCUGCUGUGGAACGACGGCAUUGACUUUGACAAGGACAUUGAUCUUGCUGAGCUCUUCAGUGGAAGUGCAACCCUCUCGAAGGAGUUCUACUAUGAGGGUAAGGAAGUGGUCGCUUGCGAUUUGAGAUAUGGCCGGGGCAUGGAUAUAUGCCAAUCUUCGGGGUUCGGGUGA